AUGGCGCACUUUCCCCGUCGUCCCUCGUCCGGCAUCAGCGUCAUCAUAGUAGGUGCAGGGUUUGCGGGCGUUGCAGCAGCGAUAGAAUGCGACCGAAAAGGUCACUCAGUCAUCCUUCUUGAGAAAGCAGCAGACGUAGAGGAGAUAACGCGAUUCGGUGACAUCAUCUCGUUCGACCCAAAUGGUGCGCGUAACUUUGAGCGUUGGCCCGGCGUUAUCGAGGCCAUGAAAGGAGUCGCACGGAAAACAACAUGGUUAGAUCUGUACCACUGGAAAGGGGAGUUUGUCACGAGACAGAACUUUGAGGUCGAGAAGAAGUGGGGGCCAAGGAUUAAUGGGCAUAGAGGGGAACUAUACAGUAUCAUCCAUCAGCAUGCGGUGGAUCGGGGAGUGGAAAUCAGGUGGGGUCAGCGCGUAACUGAUUACUUCGAGGACGAAGAAAGAGCCGGUGUGAUUGUCAAUGGAGAAGAAAUGGUCACCGAUGUAGUCAUCGCAGCCGAGGGAGUGCGCUCGCGCGGACGUAAGAUCGUGCUUGGUUUCGAUGAUAAACCGAAGAGUUCGGGGUACGCCGUAUAUCGCUCAUGGUUCUCUGGAGAUGCUAUCAAAGACAACCCCAUGCUGAAACAUCUUGUAGAGGGCGACAGUCACUCUGGGUUCAUUGGCCCGGACCUGCACUUCCUGGUUUCGUCGCUCAAGGACGGGAAAGAAUUUAAUUGGGUGUUUACCCACGUGGAUGACGGGAAUAUCGAGGAGAGCUGGCAAUUUCCGGGGAGAGUGGAGGAUUGCCUGAAGUACGUGGAGGGAUGGGCGCCAAUCGUACAAGAGAUUGUGAGGUCGACACCAAAAGGCGCACGUCUCAUCGAUCACAAGCUCGUCUUUCGUGAUCCGCUGCCAACCUUCAUCUCGCCAAAACAGCGUAUCGCGUUGAUUGGAGAUGCAGCGCAUCCAUUUCUCCCAACAUCCAUCCAGGGAGCCAGUCAAUCCAUUGAAGACGGUGUUGUGCUCGCCGCGUGUCUCGAACUCGCUGGCAAGAAAAGCAUUUCCUUAGCUGUACGAGCAUUCGAGAAGAUCCGUUACGAGAGAGUGCACAAAGCGCAGGCCACGGGAGUGAAGACGCGCGAGCGAUGGCACAAGGCCAACUGGGAUGAGAUAGCGAAGAAGCCAGAAUCCAUUCAUCUAGCACGCGAGGCUUGGUUGCUGAACUUUGAUGCAGAAAGGGACUGCUAUGAGAGGUUUGAGGAGGUAACCAGGGAUUUGCGGGGUACACAAGCGCGAUUGUAG